AUGAAUUUAUUUUGGAAUGUUAUUGAAAAAUUUUUAGAUCAGACACAUCAUGUUUUGGGUGAUCUGCGUAUCGCUUCGGGUCCAAAUGGUACAGCUACGUUGUUCACCUCAAUGCCAGCUCCAUAUGUCUCCAACACGAUCGCUUUUUGGGAUCAGUUUGUUGGCACGGGUUUUUUGGCCCUGUUCGUCUGCGUGAUAACAGAUAAACGUAUGGAAAUUCCGCCUGGAAUACACGCUCUUCUUGUUGGCUUACUCAUUGCAAUGAUCGGGAUGGCAUUCGGAAUGAACGUCGGGUAUCCAAUCAAUCCGGCUCGAGACUUUGCACCACGCGUUUUUGCUGCUUUAAUUGGUUACGGCUGGGAGGUUUUUAGGUAA